AUGUUAUCUUCUCAGUUGAAGAUUUCUUUGCCUACCUAUGUCUGUGUUUCUUCCAGCUCUAGCUACCAGAUCUCAUCUGUUCCACCACAUAUUCUAGUAACCACUAUCUCAACAACUUCACCAAAUUCCACUCACACUCUCCAGUCUGGGUUUAUCAGGAAGCUGUAUCACUCCCCAGCGGCUCUGGGGGGCUGUAAGGACAUAGAAAUCUCAGUGUCAAGAUGGCGCCUGGUGGAUAUCUGUGAGGGCAUAGAAAUCCCAGUGUCAAGAUGGCGCCUGGUGGAUAUCUGUGAGGGCAUAGAAAUCUCAGUGUCGAGAUGUCGCCCUCUGGAUAUCUGUGAGGGCAAAGAAAUCUCAGUGUCAACAUGGCGCCUGGUGGAUAUCUGUGAGGGCAAAGAAAUCUCAGUGUCAAGAUGGCGCCUGGUGGAUAUCUGUGAGGGCAAAGAAAUCUCAGUGUCAACAUGGCGCCUGGUGGAUAUCUGUGAGGGCAAAGAAAUCUCAGUGUCAACAUGGCGCCUGGUGGAUAUCUGUAAGGGCAUAGAAAUCCCAGUGUCAAGAUGGCGCCUGGUGGAUAUCUGUGAGGGCAAAGAAAUCUCAGUGUCGAGAUGUCGCCCUCUGGAUAUCUGUGAGGGCAAAGAAAUCUCAGUGUCAACAUGGCGCCUGGUGGAUAUCUGUGAGGGCAUAGAAAUCUCAGUGUCAAGAUGGCGCCUGGUGGAUAUCUGUGAGGGCAAAGAAAUCUCAGUGUCAACAUGGCGCCUGGUGGAUAUCUGUGAGGGCAAAGAAAUCUCAGUGUCGAGAUGGCGCCUGGUGGAUAUCUGUGAGGGCAAAGAAAUCUCAGUGUCAAGAUGGCGCCUGGUGGAUAUCUGUGAGGGCAAAGAAAUCUCAGUGUCAACAUGGCGCCUGGUGGAUAUCUGUGAGGGCAUAGAAAUCUCAGUGUCAAGAUGGCGCCUGGUGGAUAUCUGUGAGGGCAUAGAAAUCCCAGUGUCAAGAUGGCGCCUGGUGGAUAUCUGUGAGGGCAAAGAAAUCUCAGUGUCAACAUAG